CUAGAGAUGAAAAUUGACAUUCAUAGUCACAUUUUGCCUAAGGAGUGGCCUGAUCUAAAACAGAGAUAUGGCUAUGGAGGAUGGAUCCGCCUGGAGCAACACUGUAAAGGGGAAGCCAAAAUGAUAAGAGAUGAACAAGUUUUCAGAGUUAUCCAGGAGAAUUGUUGGGACCCAGAAGUUCGGAUUAAAGAGAUGAACCAAUCAGGAGUUACUGUUCAGGUCCUUUCUACAGUUCCUGUCAUGUUUAGCUAUUGGGCAAAACCACAGGAUACUCUAGACUUAUGCCAGUUACUAAACAAUGACUUAGCCACUACAGUGAAGAAGCACCCGAAGAGGUUCGUUGGCCUUGGCACACUCCCCAUGCAAGCUCCAGACCUGGCUGUGAAGGAAGUGCAUCGCUGUGUGAAUGAGCUCGGAUUUCCAGGAGUGCAGAUAGGCUCUCACAUCAAUGAGUGGGACCUGAAUGCCCCAGAACUCUUUCCAGUCUAUGCUGCUGCUGAACGAUUAAAUUGCUGUCUGUUCGUGCAUCCCUGGGACAUGGAGAAAAAUGGAAGGAUGUCUAAAUACUGGUUUCCCUGGCUUGUGGGCAUGCCCUUUGAAACAACCAUUGCUAUUUGCUCUAUGAUUAUGGGAGGAGUUUUUGAAAUUUUCCCCAAGCUGCGAGUCUGUUUUGCCCAUGGAGGUGGCUCUUUUCCUUACACACUGGGACGUAUUUCCCAUGGAUUCAAUGUGCGGCCUGACCUGUGUGCAGUUGAUAACAACAUAGAUCCAAAGAAAUACCUUGGUUCAUUCUAUACAGACUCAUUGGUCCAUGAUGCACAUGCACUGAAGCUGUUGGUAAAUAUAGUAGGCAAGGACAAGGUAAUGUUGGGGACAGAUUAUCCAUUCCCACUUGGGGAACACGAACCGGGGAAGCUGAUUGAAUCUAUAAAGGAAUAUGAUGAUGAACUAAAGGAUAAGCUCAAGUUUGACAAUGCGCUUGCAUUUUUGAAUCUUGACAGACAUCAAUUUGAAUAGCAUUAGAACAACUACAUGUUUUAUCAAUAGUGUUAGAUCAUGUACGAACAGCCACAUCAUUCGUGUAUGAAUUACCUUACAAGUUCCAAACAAACAUGCAAGAUUUAUUGAUUUUCUACAAAGUCUGAAACCACCUUUAUAAAUACUGUAAAUGCAUUUUAGCCUUGAUACUGAUUGCACAGAUUUGGGAGAUAUUUCACCUUUUCCAUUUCUGACAAAGAGCUAUAGAUUUUCUGAUUCCAUAUGCUGAAUCUAAUAAAACAAUGGUGGCCCUUUUCACACAUAGGUUAAAGCUAAUGCUCAAUUCUUGAAACACUGGUAUGUUCCUUCCCAUGGAAUGUCUGUGCUGAGCCGCACGUGACAGACGCUUCCUCCAUGCUGAUACACACAAGGCAGAGCAGCUGCAUGAUACAGCUCUGAACUGAGGAAAUAUGUGGAGCCUUCUUGAAUUUUCAAUCUGUCACUAGUUAAAUUAAAUAGUAUGUCCUUUCCCAUUUAUUUAAAUAAUAGGAUGCAAAGGUCAGCAUACCCCACAUAAAAGUUACAUCACCAACUUCAUAUUAGCAUCCCUAUAACCCUGCAACUACUACCAUUUCUCUCUUUCUGUGUGACCACCAGGAGCUACUGGGAUUAGAUAUUUCCAUCCAGGACAUUUGGGACUUAAAGCAUUAUUUUUCAGGGUUCUUUCACCCAUCAGGUUUCCUCAGUGCCAGGCCUCUUGUAUACAAGUUCCCCAGCUCUGACGGGCCUAUGAAAUCCAGACUUUUUCCAUCUACUUUCUCUGGUUAUUUUAUUUGAGGAUCUUUUAUCUUUCCAUCUCUGCCACAAGUAGAAGCCUUCGUCCUUGGAGUCUUUAGCAUUCCUUGAUCCCUGCUUAACUAUUACUUCAAUAGACUGUUGCUGAGCAACUUGAUGGACACAGGGAUGUCUAAAGCAAAGUGAUUAUGGUAGCCUGCAUUAGCACUGUUCAUGUAUACUUAGAAGUAAGCCCAUUAUACUCAAGUAGGUUUGCUUUCAGGUAAGUGUGCAGAGAUUCCUACCACAGAAUAGCAGCAGCACAACUGGUCUGCAUAAAAGUGGAGUAUAGGAAGGGUCUGCAUUCAGUUGAGGAAGGUGAGAAGAGGGCUAUGGAAAUGGCAAUUCAAUUAAAUAUAUCCUAUGUUUUGUCUAGCUAUUCUGUUUUCCCAGUUAUGGACUGUUUCUAGAAUUACCAUGUGAUUAUAUCCAGUGAUUUAAGCACACACUGCAUUCAGAGUGAAUUAACUUGUAUAUUCACUGUAUGUUGUUUUGUAAUCUGCUUAUGUCUUGAUAAUAUGCAUACUCUGAGUACACAGCCUGCACGAAAUUUAUGAAGAUGCCAGGUUCAUCCUCCAGCACCUCCAGGUAUAUCUGGAAAAUUCCUGCCUAAAACCCUGGCGGGUAGUUUUUGACUGGCAAUGGCUAGAUAGUCCCGUGGUCUAUAUAAAGAAAUCCAAUUUACUUUUUGAGAUUUAGAUGCAUAUAAAAGCUCCAUUUCAUUUAUUAGCCACCUGUGCAUGUGAUUUCAUGCUGUUUUAGCCUCUAAAACUUACAGGUCAGAUCUGAAAUUGCCAAAAUUAGUCUGAUUUAUUUCAGCUGGGCUGUAGAGUUUUCAUUCUCUUCCCUCCUGAAAGCCAAAGAACAUAUUCAGCUGAGCAGUGAUUGCUGAAGGCUUGCCUCUGAGGAAACUAUUCUGGGAGGCUUGUCUCUGAUGCUUAUCUUUGAAGAAAUUGUCCAGCUAACUAGGGACUGGCUAUGGAGGCUUACCCUAUUUGACAAGCACCUGGCAGUUUAUAAAGCAAGAGGAAGAGCUACUGUUGCCAUUGGUUUUCAUGUCUGACUUUGUUUAAAUGUACUUCUGGGGUUGUGGAAUGCAUGAAAUGUUAUAAUAAUAAUAAUAAUAAUAAUGAUGAUGAUGAUGAUGAUGAUGAUGAUGAAUCCUGGAUUGGGCCCUGUCUUAUUGGAGCAACCUUACUUAGGUAAAGUAUGGAAUAGGCUUAGGUAUUACUGUUUUUGCCUGUUGCAUUGUUCCAAGCAGUUUCUCUGAUUUCUGUACACAUUUUUAUCUUCCCCCCACUUCCCUGUAUAAAUAAACUUAAUGUCUGUCCUUA